AUGUCCUCCUAUCUCCUAAAUAUGUCCUCCUAUCUUUUCAACAUGCCCUCCUAUCUUCUCAAGAAGUCCUGCUAUCUUCUCAAGAUGUCCUCCUAUCUUCUCAAUAUGUCCUCAUAUCUUCUCAAUAUGUCCUCCUAUCUUCUCAAUAUGCCCUCCUAUCUUCUCAGGAUGCCCUCCUAUCUUCUCAGGAUGCCCUCCUAUCUUCUCAAGAUGUCCUCCUAUCUUCUCAAUAUGUCCUCCUAUCUUCUCAAUAUGUCCUCCUAUCUUCUCAAGAUGUCCUCCUAUCUUCUCAAGAUGUCCUCCUAUCUUCUCAAUAUGUCCUCCUAUCUUCUCAAUAUGUCCUCCUAUCUUCUCAAGAUGCCCUCAUAUCUUCUCAAUAUGUCAUCCUAUCUUCUCAAUAUGUCCUCCUAUCUUCUCAAUAUGCCCUCCAACUUCUCAAGAUGCCCUCCUAUCUUCUCAAGAUGUCCUCCUAUCUCAUAUCUUCUCAAUAUGUCCUCCUAUCUUCUCAACAUGCCCUCCUAUCUUCUCAAUAUGUCCUCAUAUCUUCUCAAUAUGUCCUCAUAUCUUCCCAAGAUGCCCUCCUAUCUUCUCAAUAUGUCCUCCUAUCUUCUCAAUGUCCUCCUAUCUUCUCAAGAUGCCCUCCUAUCUUCUCAAGAUGCCCUCCUAUCUUCUCAAGAUGUCCUCCUCUCUUCUCAAGAUGUCCUCCUAUCUUCUCAAUAUGUCCUCCUAUCUUCUCAAUAUGUCCUCCUAUCUUCUCAAGAUGCCCUCCUAUCUUCUCAAGAUGCCCUCCUAUCUUUUCAAGAUGCCCUCCUAUCUUCUCAAGAUGCCCUCCUAUUUCUCAAGAUGUUCUCUUAUCUUCUAA